UCGUUUGACCUUCGGAGUGUUUUCUAUCUCGUUUUUUAUGACGGUUUAGGUUAUGUGCGAUCAGUUCGGCUCGCUCUUCGUUUGAUCGCUUGCAAUUUUACUCUACUGUAUAAUUGAUGGCACUGAUCGCUGGAAACCUUAUUCGUGGCUUAGCUACUAAAGGGAUAACUCGUUCACUGCAUUUAUCAGCAAUGGCUCAGAUUAAGGUAGGCGAUAAAAUUCCGUCGGUAGACUUAUUUGAAGACACUCCAGCUAACAAAGUGAAUAUUGCAAAUCUCGCUGCAGGAAAAAAAGUUGUCUUAUUCGCUGUUCCUGGCGCCUUCACUCCAGGAUGUUCUAAGACUCAUGUACCUGGCUAUGUUGCAAAGGCUGAAGAAUUAAAAAAGAGUGGAAUUGCUGAAAUUCUUUGCGUCUCUGUUAAUGAUCCUUUUGUUAUGAGUGCUUGGGGUAAGGAUCAGCAGAGCAAUGGAAAGGUAAGAAUGCUUGCAGAUCCAAGUGGUACAUUCACAAAAGAACUUGGAUUGGGAGUUGAAUUGGCGCCCUUAGGAGGUUUACGUUCUAAGAGAUACUCUAUGGUGAUAGACAAUGGUGUCGUAUCAGAAUUGAAUGUAGAACCAGAUGGUACUGGACUUUCCUGUUCCUUAGCUGACAAACUUAAAGUUUAGAAUAUAGUAAUUAUUGUAAAUAAGAGUUAAUAAAUAUUAAUGUAAUAUU